AUAUGUGACCGGCUUUAAGCUGGCUUUUUUUUCCCUGGCAUUACCAAAAGCGAGCCACGAGCCAGUUGACUUGUUUUUUCUUUGCAUCAUGGCUCGUCGACUGUUUUCCACCUUCCGUGCUUUGGCACAUGAGAAUCCUUUGGGUCUUCCUAACCGACGAGCACCACCACCCACGAUUCCCCGUGCUCAGCGUGGUUUGCCGAAAAAGAUGCCCAUUCGAGGCGUCGAUAACGUAAUUGCUGUCGCCUCGGGAAAAGGAGGGGUUGGAAAAUCCACUACUGCAGUCAACAUUGCGCUCGCUGCAGCAAGCUUGAAAAAAAAGGUGGGAAUCCUUGACGCCGAUAUCUUUGGACCUUCGAUUCCGUCAUUAAUGAACCUUGAAGGCGAGCCCGAGUUAUCGGAUAAAGGUGACCAGCUGAUUCCACUCACCAACUAUGGCGUAAAAUGCAUGUCGAUGGGUUUUAUGGUGGAUAAGGAGGCGCCUAUUGUAUGGAGAGGGCUGAUGGUAAUGAAGGCGUUGCAACAACUACUACAUCAAGUGGAUUGGGGUCAUUUGGAUUUACUUGUCAUCGAUAUGCCGCCAGGCACCGGCGAUGUUCAACUGACCAUCAGUCAACAAGUAGAACUGGAUGGAUCGGUGAUCAUCUCCACACCACAAGAUAUAGCCCUGAUCGAUGCUGUCAAGGGUACCAACAUGUUCAAAAAGGUCAAUGUACCGAUUCUUGGAUUGGUACAAAAUAUGUCCUUGUAUAUCUGUCCCAACUGUCAUCAUGAGAGUCAUAUUUUCGGACAUGAUGGCGCCCACCGAAUGGCAGAAAAAAUGGAUAUCCCUUUUCUCGGCGAAGUGCCAUUGCAUGCUGAUAUUUGCAAACUGUCGGAUGCUGGUCAACCGAUCGUUAUCUCCCAACCUGAUAGUCCUUUUGCCGCCCACUACCGACAAAUUGCCACCAACAUUCUCAAUAGCCUACCUGCGAAGCCUGCUAAACAAUAAACCUUUUCUCUCCUAUUUUCCAUCUCAACAAGACGAAUGUUUUGUCACAAACUGGUGUCCUGCAAAGAAAAUAUACCCUUUGUGCAAUAAUGUAUAAUGCAUCGAGAAAUCGCUGUCAUGGCCAUUCGGAA